CCGCUUCGUUUGGGAGCCGAAUGACGCGCGAAAAAAAAACCGCCGAGAUAUGAGCUGGAUCGAAACGCAAGCCGAUCGCCGCAGUGCCGCGAAAUCCACAGAUCUGAAAACACAAGAAAGCGCGAAAAGAAAAUGCAGCUUCAGUUGAACGCUUUGGUUCUCAGAACCAUGUCAAGACACAAAACCGGUCCACAGAGUUUAACCCAGAUCUGUUGACGCCACAAAAAAAUCGCGAGCGACUCAGUGCCCGCAUCUUUCUGGGCAGAUCCGGAAACAAAGAACUGCGUGGAGUCCCUGCACAGGAACCUCCGGUUCUACAUGGCUUUCUGCUUCCGGAAAACGACGAUUUCGUCGAGGGGUCUCUUCGUGGAUCACCUUCGCCACACACGUAUGUUGACGGCGAGAGAAAACGACUGACUUCUCAGAUGCGAGUCCAGGCCGCCCUACCAGAGACGUCUUCUCCGAGGCGAGCUUUUUUACGAACUCUCCUCUGAAGAGUUCCCAAACAAAGAUUCGUGGUCACCAGGUGCACUACCAGCGUUUCGUAGGAACAAUCAGAGAGAACUUUUUUGAUUGCCUUUAACGGAGUUUCACAAAGUUGAUCAUCGUUGCUCCCAUGGUCUGGGGCCUCACGUGAAGCAAAGAAAAGUGCUCUGUUUUCUUGCUGUGUGAAAAGAAGUUCGUCUACAGAGCCACAAAAGAAAAGCAAAUGCGGAGAAGACGUGAGCAGCAGGUGAACUACGUCACGCAGGACGAGGCUCUGCAGGACAGCAUUGGCCGCGAGAAAAAGAAAGAAACUCACUUUCACCUUAUCGUUUAGUUGAUACCCAGAGCUAUGAAACUGGAGUCGCCGCAGAAAAACGAAUUCCGAACAGAGACGUUCAGCAACGGAUGAACCAGCGUUGGAGGAUACUCUCUGCAGGUUUCUUUAGGAUGGCCUCUGCGUGGAAGAGAGGUCCCGGGAGAGAAAGAAAAGGUACAGUGUGGAGUCCCUGCGAUGCCAGAAGUGACCUGGAUUUCCUUUGCUACUCAGAGACACGCCCUGUCGACCUGCAAGCGUUAUACUUUGUCUUGGUUCUUUCCUGAAGACUUUCCAUCCUUGAAAUGGACUUUCUCUUUCAAACGACCUUCCGAGUUUCCAUUCUGUCGACCUUCAGACAGUACAUUCCUUCAGCGAUAUACCAAGAUUUAUCAGCGGCAGACAGCGCGAUCUGCUGUCGUCGAACGCUUGCCCCGUCACACACUAUCGCAGGAAAAGGCUUUCGGUCUACAUGCAGGUUCAACGCGUUUCUCUCUUGAGAAGUGCGAUGCACAUGGUCGUUGUUCUACAGGAAAGAUUGUGGGGGUUGCUAUGUUUGUAGCAUCUUUCCUUCCUGAUCAGAGGAACGAGAAAAUCGAUCACAUGUGCCGUUUUCUCACGCUGUUAAUACGGCUGCGUUACUACCUCCACCCUCUGGCUUGCCUAGGAAAACACACCCUCCAGCAGUGUGGCGGUCGAGCUCACCGCGGUCACCGAAACGAAAACCUUCGCGUGAGAAGAAGACUCUGUUUGGCGAUCAGAAAGCUCUUUGGUCUGACGUCCUCGAAGACGCCAGACGACUUCGGCGAGCUCUCGUAGAGAAAAGAUGCGCAAAAAAUCUGACGACACAACGUUGUGCCAAGACGGAUCGUAGAUCCCCUCCCCCCGGAUUUCUUCGUUAUAUAGAUCCAUGGCGACCAGCUGGUUCUCUCGUUCGCCAGCAGCGGUCAUCUUAACUCUGCCAGGUCAUACAGCAGAGCAUGAACCGGGCAAACAGAGACGAACAUACUCGCAAAUGGGAGGAGCCUUGCCAAUGCGUUGCCGGAAAUGCCCGUGGAGAAGGAUGUGUGUCUCCGAACUCGCAGUUCGAUAUGCAUGCAGCUCACAUGCAGUUCAAGACGGAGAGGACGAAUUUC